CAAAGGGGUCACAUUCAGAUAAGAAUUAUGAUUCGAGUCCAUCUCACUAGAAUGAAAGCGGCUCUAGAGCGUAGAGGAUUUGAUGAGACGGUAUGCAUUAUGCUUCUGGUUUGUCAAUGCAUCCCCACUUAAGGCUAACUAAGCUAUUUGUCAAAAAUAGGGUUAGUAUUCGUCCGAUAGUACGUGUAGGCCCAAAAAUUGCAGGCGUUCUAAUUCGGAGUACUGUAGGCACCUAGCGCUCACAUCUGAUCAGAAUAUUUGUCGAUGUGCGUGCGAUCAAUAUUGAUCAUAUGUCCAUCUCAUGCAUAUGACAUAACUUCUGACGAGAGGCUGUCCGCGUGGGACGGCACUUUGCUGAUUUGCCUUCUAUCCGUCUCCAUCCUCCAUCCUCCAUCCUCCACUGCAACAUGCAGAUGUUCAUCCCCUCUGUGAUAUCAGCCCUCAAGGCCCUAUUGAAGGGCCCAAUGUGGUUGCUACAAAAAGCAAUCUCCAUAUUCCUCAGCAGGAGAAAGUCCUCGCCACCGCCGAGAUCAUCCCCGGCGUUAAUCUCACCAUCUGAUUCACCAUAUAAGAGUGUUCACUCGCAGCAUCAGAAAUCAUAUGAACGCACAGAGUUGCAGCAGCAAACAUCAACUUACCACCUAUACCCGCCACCACGUCGAGUGACUGAAUAUUCUCAAUCCUCUUCUGCUCAUCAACUUUCCGUUCAUCGAUCCCAGUCUGCUCACCAGUCCCCUUCUGUUCAUCAGUCACCUUCGCAGCACACACCCCAUCAGCCUCAUCGCCAAACGAGCGUACGACUACCUCCACAACCUACGCCCCUCAUAUUUCCUGAUGUUGCUCCGGUAAACGAGCCUAGCCAAAGUGAUAUCCCUCAGCGGCCACGUCGUAUUUCUAGACCCGGAUUAAUUACAAGAGCUCCAGAGGUUGCUGUGACGCCUGUUGUGAUUGACCCCUAUGAAGAUGCCGAUUCUCUUCGUGACAAAGCCAGAAUCGAGGGAGAUCGCAUGAGAGAAUGUUUAAAUAAGAGCCGUGAAGCGUUUGCUAACAACGACGGAAGGCUCGCUAAAGAGCUUUCCUUGAAGCGUAAGGCGUACAAAAAAAACAUGAUGUGCUUAAACGAGGCAGCCAGCGCGAGGAUAUUCGAAGAGAAUAAUCAAGAAUACGGGUCCGACAAGAUUGAUCUUCAUAGACUUCGUGUCUCCGAAGCCAAGCUGCACUUUGACAAAGCUGUUCAAAUGAUUCGGAACAAUGGAGAAUCGUCACUUUGUGUGAUCGUAGGAAGGGGAAAGCACUCCGAGUAUAAUAUCCCGAGGAUCAAACCUGAAAUUCGAAAACAUGGGAGAAGGUUGGGUCUCAUCGUCGAAGAGGAUCCUUUCAAUGAUGGCCGCCUUAUUGUGAGUUUGUGAGUCUUGAUACCAGCUAACGUGAAUGGAUAUUUUUGCGAUCAUCAUCAUGAUGUAUCCACACGUGCCUUUUUUGUGUUGUUCUUCCUCUUUUCAUACUCGAGUGUGGGUUCUGGUGUAGUGUAUGACAAUGUACAUACUGAUGUGGUGUAGUAUUAAGUCCAAUUUAUAUGAUUCGACCGGA